AUGCAGGAUUUGUUUGAGGAACUCCGGGAGUUGGCGUGGAGGUUUUCGCCUCACGCCGCUCCGCAAAUGCAUGCAUGGCCAUUCAAGCAGUUGCCCCCGGCCUCCGUAGGCAUUGCCAUGCACAGUGCGAGUCUGCAGCCGAGAAGAGAGCGCGAUGGCGAGUCUUCAGACGAAGAAGGAGACGAAAGGGGCGAGGGCGCCCCACACUUCAUGGCCGAGUACUUUGAAAAGAUCCACGUGCUGAGAAGGGCGCUCCAAGAAAUCUCCAAAAACCUCGAAAAAAUGAAGGAACUCAAACGCGCCGCCGUCACAGCCAGCAACCCGGACGAAGAACGAGAUGCCUCGCACCUGCUGAACAAGUUGCUGGACGCGACUAUGGGGAUGAUUCGCAAGACAAAGAGCGCCUUGCAAGUGAUAAAAGAAGAAAACACUCUCUUCACGCGAAAGCACCCAGAAAAAAUAAUUUAUCCAGAAGCUUCGGCGGAAGAAGUCGAGCAGCUGGUGGAGUCGGGAGAUCUCUCAGCUGCAACAGCUGUGAAGAUGCGCGUGACCGGAACGCAUCAAUCACUGCGCAACGCGGUCGCUGAUCUGCAGGACAAGUACCGAGACAUUCUCCGUCUCGAACAAAGUGUCGCGGAACUGCACCAAAUGUUCGUUGAGCUCGCCUUUCUCGUCGAGCAACAGGGCGAACUGUUGGACCAGAUUCAGUACAAUGUCACGAAGGCCAAGGACUACACGGCGCAAGCAGAGAAGGAGUUGCUUCAGGCUCGGAAGAACCAGAAGUCGGCUAAGAAGCGAAUGUGCUGGCUGAGCGUGUGCGUCUUGGUCCUCGUCAUCAUCAUUCUCGUCCCUGUGAUUUUGAACGUCGUCAAGUAA